AUGACGCCGACGCCGACGCCGACUCGAAAACGGAAAGCACCGCCCGGUCCACUCUACGUGGUGCGCUCACACGAGCACAGCGUCACGCAGGUAUCGCUCGCGCCCACAGCGCACCACCUCGUCAGCGGGGAUGACGGGGGAGGUGUGUGCAUCACGUCUCUGCGCACCAUGCGCUGCGUGCGGCAAUGGGCGGCUCACAGCGACAGUGUCCUCACUUUGCAGUGGCUAGAUAACUACACGCUUCUCUCACACGGCCGAGAUAAUCUGGUUAAGGUUUGGAGCGUGUCUGGGGCGUGCGGUGACAGCGACGACAACAACGACAACAACGACAGCGACGACACAUACACUCCACCUCCCCUAACGCACGAGUUUCACGUCAAUGCACUCAAUUUUUGUAAUGUCAGUGCGUGCACGGUGCAGACACAGACACAUGCACAGACACAGGCACAAACGCUCUGGGUAGCAGCUCCACAUCUGGCAGAUUCAGCGAGGAUUGAUGUCUGGGAGUUACCAUCGACGAAACGCGUACACCGCUCCAUUGGUGUGGGUGAAAUUAGCCACUUUCACUAUCCAGACGGUCGCGGCGAAGCUAAGACAGGUCUCUGCAUGGCGCUGGAGAUGUAUGAAUAUAGUCAGUGUCGGCAGCACGAGCAAGAGCAGGAGCACACACCCUCUCUCAGACUGCUGGCGGCUUACGAAGACGGCAGCUUGGUGCUUUUUGAACUGGGUCACUCUCGCUGGAUCCAGCUCUGGCGCGUGCGUUUGCACAACGAGGCUAUCAUGGACUUGUGCGUCACAAGCGAUAAGCGUUACGCGUAUACUGUCAGUGUCGAUAGGUGUGUUGCCAAGUAUGAUUUGAGGGAUGGGCGAGAUGUGCAAGACGUGCAAAGGGUGCCAAAGGUGCAGCAUAAACAAAGCACUUCAGAGAUACCCCUCGCAACCCCUCUCACACACUCCUACACCACCAAAUCGAAUGGCCAUUCGAGCAUUAGCGUGCGCAUGGAUGGGAGGGUGCUCGCUGUUGGCUGCUGGAACGGUAGUGUCGAGCUGUAUUCAACCAAAAGCAUGAAACUCGUUGGUGUACUGGAUAUGCAUCGCCAGUCUGUGUCAGCGUUGACCUUUUCGACUGUCAACUCACGUGAUAUACUUGAUGACGGCAUUAUUGAGGCUCCUCUAAACGCACUUCUAGUCACUGGUGGUCGUGAUGAGCGGGUAGCUAUCUACGAGAUUGACUUGUGA